AUGAAGAUUACUCCUUUUUGGGCGUCAGUCGCCCUGUUGCGCGUUGUGCCAGUUCUUGCUGCAGCAACUCCAUCUCCAACUUCCACCUCUGCAGCCCCAACCUGCACAGCCUCCCUCAUCGCCAGUCUCUGCAACUAUCCAGAACCAGGUCCCGACUUCGCCGUCGCCGAGGAUAGCAGAGCCUCCUGCUGGAACUAUUGCAAUGCCCACCCUCCCUGCAGCUUUGUCAUCUUCGCCGAGGGCAAUCCCUACACGGGCACAGGCACUUGCUGGCUGUAUCCAGGAAAAAACUACGAUGCGAGCGCUGGCAGCUCUGACUGCGCCGACUCCAAACCCUAUCUGUUUGUCUACAGCCAGCCCGUGUGCAAAGGAGGCAAAGGCUCGCCCACCUCGGACAGCUGCGCAGCGACUGCAACGCCUUCUGCCAUCGCUUCGGUUUGCGGGUAUCCGACACCAGAUGAUGACUGCUUCAGCAGCUGUAGUGCUAGUUAUGGCGCAACAGACUGUUUGAGUCAGUGCGCAAAGGCCGAUUCCUGCAGCUACGUCGUCUUUAAUCCACACAACGACGACAACUCACCAUACGCUCCGGGCUCUUGUUGGAUGUACCCGAAUGGCACCUACGACGCUUCAGCUGCCUCGACUUGCAAGGGCGCGCCGGAGCAGUAUGUGUACAAGAACCCGUGUCCUAAGCCAUCGCAUUCCUCGUCAUCUGCCCCGGCGAAAUCUACUGGAACUACAAGCACUGCAAGCGGAACCCUUGGUACUGAGACUGGGAGUGCAAUCAUUGAUGCAGAAGCGGCUACUACUAGUGAAUCUUCGGCCUCUACUGUCCUCACUAGCCCACUAGCCAUAUUCAUGUAUGUAGCUGUGUUGCUAUGGUAG